AUGCCCUCCGGUGCGCUGGUUGUGGUGCGUGCCCGCCAAAGAGCUUGCACCCAUUCCACCGAUCAACGUCCUCAAACGACUCCUAGGAUGACGCAUGCAUCGUACCGAAGAACCCCAGAACAAAACCGAGGGGGGCUCACGUACUCGUUGAAGAGCAGCCUUGGUGUCUGCCUAGCAUCUGCACAAAACGUGAACGAAACGGCCACUCAGAUUCUGCGCUCGGAAGCAUCAGGUGGGGGCGGAGCAUGCGAGGCUCGCAAGCUCGGCCGUAAACGGUCAGUCAGUGCGACACAGCCAAAUGGAAGUGCGAAAGCCUGCAUGAAGCUCACGCUGAUUUGUGAUCCGAUGCGCGAUCAGGCCCAAUUAGAAUGCAUCUUGGCAGACCAAGCGCUCGGAGGCGAAACUCAUCUUGGGGUCCGAUGGAUCAGAAGGAUCGAUCGUUCUUGCAAUCUGAGAAUUCGAGAAGAGCACUUUGGAACUAGCCGGAAAGGGGAGGCCGUCCUCUAG